UACUUGAUUAGUGUUUGCAGGUUGCUUGUUAGAUGCACACUGAAUCAUAUUUUUAUAGAAUCAAGAAUCCGGAAUGGUCAUUUCAGACGCAGAGAAAAGAAUUCCAGUAUUGGAGAUGUUAAAAUGUGGAAAAGCGACAGGGUCUAUAUCGACAAACAUGGCAAAUGGCGAAUCUUUGAUCACAAAAAGAUGUCCAGGAAACGAUGUGGCUCUUUGAGGGGACAAGGAUGGAAAUAUGGAUCAGGAUUUGUUGAUGGGAUUUUCCCGGUGCUAAGUCCUGUUGCUCAUCAGAUUCUGAACUUUGUGCGGAAAGAAGUGGAUCCGAAUAAUGUUUGGGCUGCUCUUGAUACUCUUCCGGUCACUCACGAGACUUGGGAUGAUCUUAUUAAUGUAGCCGUCCAACUUCGUUUGAAUAAACAAUGGGAUCCGAUUGCAUUGAUAUGUCAAUGGAUAUUGUACAAGAGCUCCUUCCAGACAGAUGUCAUGUGCUACAAUUUACUAAUAGAUGCUUAUGGGCAAAAAUCUUUGUACAAGAAGGCAGAAGAAACAUAUCUUGAUCUUCUUCAUGCCAGGUGUAUCCCUACUGAAGACACUUAUGCCCUUCUUAUAAAGGCUUACUGUGCAUGUGGAUUGUUAGAAAAAGCUGAAGCUGCCUUUGUUGAUAUGCGAAAGUAUAGCCUUCCUCCAAGUGCAAUUGUAUACAAUGCUUAUAUUGAUGGGUUAAUGAAGGCUGGAAACCCUCAAAGAGCAAUUGAGAUCUUUCAGCGAUUGAAAAAUGAUGGCUGCCAGCCCUCUACUGACACCUAUACACUGUUGAUCAACCUUCAUGGGAAGGUAAGCUCAGUGGUAUUUGGUUCUGAAUUAUUCUGCAAAUCUGAUCUUCUUGAAAUUCCUAUGGGAGAGCUGGCCUUCACGAGGGUAAGAUGCGUAUGGGAUAGCUGGCCUUCAUGAGG